AUGGCAUUUAAUCAAGAAUUAGAAGCUAUAACUCAAGCUUUUUCAGGACAUGGUGUGGAUGAGAAAUCAUUGGCAACAAUAUUGGGAAAAUGGGAUCCUGUGGAGAGAGAAACUUAUAGGAAGAAAACAUCACAUUUCUUUGUUGAAGAUCAUGAAAGAAAAUUUCAGAAAUGGAAUGAUCACCAUGUUCGUCUUCUCAAACAUGAGUUUGUGCGUUUUAAGAAUGCAGUGGUGCUUUGGAGCAUGCACCCUUGGGAAAGAGAUGCUCGUUUAGCAAAAGAGGCUCUAAAGAAAGGCCCAAGUUCAUAUAAUGUCCUCAUUGAGAUUGCAUGCACUAGAUCUUCAGAGGAGCUUUUGGGAGCUAGAAAGGCAUAUCAUUCUCUCUUUGAUCACUCCAUUGAAGAAGAUGUUGCCUCUCACAUCCAUGGCAUCGACCGAAAGUUUUGUAAACAGCUCUUGGUUGCACUUGUAAGUGCCUAUAGAUAUGAAGGUACAAAGGUUAAAGAUGACACUGCAAAAUCAGAAGCUAAAACACUUUCCAAUGCCAUUAAAAAUGAUCAAAAGAAGCCAAUUGUUGAGGAUGAUGAAGUAAUAAGGAUUUUGGCAACAAGAAGCAAGCUACAUCUUCAAGCAGUUUCCAAACACUAUAAAGAAAUAUCUGGCAAGAAUCUUGAAGAGGAUCUUAAUGACUUAAGGUUCAAAGAAAUAGUGCAAUGUCUUUGUACUCCCCAAGUUUAUUUUAGUAAGGUUUUGGAUGCAGCAUUGAAAAUUGAUGUGGAUAAGAAUGUUAAAAAGUCACUUACUCGUGUGGUAAUUACUAGAGCUGAUAUUGAUAUGAAGGAGAUAAAAACCGAGUAUCAAAAGUUAUAUGGAGUUUCUUUGCCUCAGAAAAUUGAAGAGACUGCUAAAGGAAAUUACAAGGAUUUUUUGCUAACCUUGAUUGCAAGAGGAGGCUAA